AAACCAAAUCCCUCACCUGCUUGUUUCUUUUUAUAAUAAUUGCCAUAUUCUAGUUAGACUCUAGUUAGUCGCAUGCAAAAACUUGCUGAACACAUUGCUUUGCUGUUCUCUCUUAUACUUUUUGAAGAUCUUAAAGACAGAUCUAUUCUGUUGUAAAAACUGACAGCGUGACAUUAUUGGCCGAAAUAUGUUCUUUUUAUAAUAUGAGCUUUUCAAAGUUCCCUUAUUAAGAACGUAUUACGUUCCAAUAAUUAAUGGCUACAUGACAGGUCUGACACAACUGCCCCAGAGGAUGCCAACCAAAGCUUGUAUGUGCAGUAUUUGUUUUAUUUAUUCCAUGUAGCACUCCGCCAUCUCGCUAUAAUUUCAAUCUUUAGACCCUACAUUGAUUUGCACUUCAAAUUUAAAUGUAUAGCCUAUAUCGUAGUCCAUCUGGGUAUACUUCCUAAGAAUUUUCAUUUCAACAUACAGUACUUCUAUACUAAUUCUAAUUACCAAACAUGUGCUUUUAACACACUGAACAAUUAUUUUUUAGUAAUGUGUGUAGAACUGAAUGUGCUGUUUAAUAAAAGGAUCACGAGUGGUUAAAUUUAGACACAAGAGUUAAAGACUAAAAGAUGCGGUUAACGCUAACUUGAUUACUUCCUCUGGAUAUACGGUUGAAAGCUGUCGGGUAACGUUUUGUCUCAGAAGUGUGAGGAUAUCCAGCCUGCAUCAUGUUUAUGAUCAAACGCUUUAGCAUGAAGGUCAUCCAGUUUCAGUUCUAUCUUCUCAUAUUGUCUCAAACUGCAGAGACUUUCACAGAUCGAUUAACAGAUUUGGGACAGAAUGUGACUAUAAACUGUGAUCUACACGAGGAGGAGGUUUAUUGGUUUUUCCUAAAACUACCGGGUCCACCAGUGAUGAUAUUACGCACGUUUUCAUCACCUUUUUAUUACAAUGAAAGAUUCAUAAACAAAUAUUCAGUUCAAUCUAAACAUCAUCUGUUUAUAAAUAAUGUCACUCAUGAUGAGUUAGGAGUUUAUUACUGUAUGAAUCCAGAGAAUAAAAGCAAAGAAUUCAGCAAUGGAACCAGAUUACACAUCAAUAAAACUAUUUCUGCGACAAAUAGUGAUGGUAAGAAACCGACACAAUGGCUGGUUAUCAUGUCUGGACUGAUGAAUGGUGUUCUGCUAAUUGUGGUUAUAGGCCUAUUAAAGGUGUUUGUGUGUGGAAGUAGGGGAACAAGGCAAGAUUCCGAACCAAGUUCAGACGACCUACAACCGGCACCAGUUAUGGAUCUUGAACAAGAUUCAGGCCAAACAGAGUAUGCUGAGGUGCAUCUUCCCACACAACCCAGUUGCCCCACACCAUUCAAGCCCAUCCAUUUAAACAGCACCUACGCGCUUGUACAGCUGUCACAAAACUAAUCGCAACUAACUUCAUUGUGUUUAUCAUAGUGUCUGAUAGUCAAGUUUUAUUCAUUAGGUAUUGUAUAAUUUUAUGCAUGGAUCUCUCCUGAUAUUACUUUAUCAUACCAUAUUUCUAUCUUGGCUUCUUAUUUGAGAUUAUUUUUAAUUAUUUUAUAUAAUAUGUAAGUGAUUUAUUUAAUCUUUCAUUAUUCAUUCAAAGUGUUGUGCAUUUGAUGGCUAUGUGUGUUCUGUGUUUAAAGUUCCAGUGUGUAAUUUUGAGGAGGAUCGACAGAAAUGCAAUAUAAUAGUCUUCAGAGGUGUAUAAAGAGCUUACACUAGGAAGCUAUAUGUUUUUAUUGCUUUGGAAUGAGCUAUUUCUAUCUACAUACACCGCGGGUCCCCUUACAUAUAAUUCACCAUGUUUUGUCAGCAGUCGUAAUGUUUCUACCGGGCUAGAUUUCACUGACUGGACCUUUUGGUGCAAUGUUGCCAAUGUUUUAAAAAACUGUGCUAGUUAGAAAUGUACUUUGUGUUGAAACCUAAGAGGAACUCCCAUUUAUUUGAUAUCAUCAUGCAUGUGUUCAAUCAUAUUUUAUAUGAAGUUAAUACAAAUAGUGCAGGGUAAUAGGCUGAACACUCUUUAA